AUGCAAUAGUCUGCAGAUUUAGAUGUUUAGAGAAUGAAAGCGAAAUAAGAUUUAUAAUCUGUAAAAUAUUUGGAUUGAAUAAGAUAUUUUUAUUAGUUUCUCUAUUUAUGGGAUUUUGCUUUUUAUUUAAUUCAAAUAUCUGUUUUGGAUGGGAUUACAAAAUAAUAAUCGUAUAUGCUUGCACAACAUAAUUUGCCUUUUUGAUAUCAAGACUUCUGUCUAGCAAAGGGUAAAACUUUAAAAUUUAUUAAUAAUUAAGGAUUAACUCUUAUUGUUGUUUUGCCAUAAUGGAAAGUGCAUUAUUAAUUACUUAUUUAUUGGGGAUAGUAUACAAUAAAGAAGUUUCACCAAUAAAUAUCAACUUUAUCAGCUACACCCUUUUAAUACUACAAUUUGUAAUACUAGCUAUUACUGUAUUGAUUAGUAGAUAGAGUGUGGAGAGUGAAAGACAUGAUCAAUCUAAAUAAAUAUAAGAAAUAGUACUUCUGAUAUGAUGUUAGUUAGUAUCUGCAAUUAAGAGUAUAGGAUCCUUAUAAAUUGUUUUUCUAAGUUUGAAAUGGAGCAAUUAAAUCAAUUGGUGUUGGAUGCAAACUUUAGUUAUAAUAUGGUUUAGUAUUGGUACUUUAACAUUAAUUGAAGUAUGUUUAUUUAUUGACUUUGUGAUAAAGUGUUGCAAUAAUUAAUUAGAGAAUAAAAAAUAAAUAAGUAAGAAUUUAAUAAUAUAAGUUUAUGGUAGUAUUUGGGUUAACAUAGUUUUCAUAGGUUUUAUUUCGACAUCUUUGUUGACAUUUUUGGGUUUAGGAUUAUUAUUAGAUUAUUAGAUCUCUUCAAUUAAUUUAGGAGGAUUUAUAUUAACAAUAAUUUAUUACUUGCUUGAAAUUUGUUUCUACAUAAAGAAUAGAGAAGAAUUGAUGUAAGAAUGUAAUUAAAACAAGUUCUUUUCUAAGUAUCUCAGAAAAUUCUUCUUAAGCCUAGAAUUAUGAACAAAACAAUGAAUAAACAAACAUAAAAGAUAGAAUAAAAUAAAUUCAUAAAUUAAGUGUCAACAAAAUACCUUAAUUUAUGAUAAGAUUAUCAGCUACUUAUUUUAAGAAAAAAGUAGAAAACAAUGAAAUAAAGUAACAAAUAGGAUCAGUAUUGUCUUAAGAUAAGAAAUUCAGAUCUAUAAGUUUUUCAGAAAUAAAGAAAAAUUAAGAUAUUAAAAAGUAACCAUCAUAGGAUUAUGAUGAAGAGCUAACAAAAAGAUUUGAUCACUUAUUGUCAUCUCCUCGAUUAAAAUUAGAGGUUAGUGAAAGUAUGGGGCCAGAAUUAUCAAGUAGAGGAUAACCAAAAUAGCCUUAGUUAUGUUUGAUUUGUUAUGAGAAAGAAAGCAAUAUGAUAAAUUAGCCUUGUGGUCAUGGGGGAUUUUGUUAAGAAUGUUCAUAAUAAUUAUUGUCCAAAAGCAAUCUUUGUUUGUUAUGUCGUAAACCAGUGACUCAUACCUUAAUUGUAUAAGGAGUUGAAAAUCGGGAAAGCUUGGUAGAAGUCAUAGGUGUUUUGUAAGAUGCACAGAAGUAAUGA